AGUCAGUUGUUGAGGUGUGGAAGGUGCAAGCGCCAAGAUCUUGUUCACGUGAUCACGCGUAGACGCGCUCUUGCCCAGGUCGCUCAUUAUUGGACACCUUUUCGCACAAUGGGGAGUCGAAAACCUAUCCCUGAGAUAGACCUAACCAGCUCCUCACCAGAACCAGAAUCCUCACGGCAACCAGUACAGCGAUUUAAAACGGAGCGAGUCGAAGGACGGUCGACUCCAGUAACCUCGAAACUGCCUAUACGCUCCGCCACGGUUAAGACAGAGGCCAGCGCAGCCCCAGACAGCACCCCGCAAAGGCUCAUCCACCCCGUGCAUCUGGAGCGCUUGAUUGAUACAACCGACAGGGACGCAAUCAAAUCUGUUUUACUUCAACUCUGCGCACUCUCACCCGCCUUCUCCGGCGCGCUCGCUCGCGGUCUCGCACCUCACUCCCGCUUCGCACAAGGCCUUGAGACGCAAGGCGGUAGUGUGCGGCCUCAUGCCAACCUCGCAAGCAGCAUCACCCCUUCUCCAAGGCCACUUUCGGAGCGCAUACCUACUCCCCACAAUUCGAAGGCUUCAAAUCUCCUGCGACAACGCAUCAAGGACGAGCAUGGUUCGUCACCAAGUACCUCCAACCUGCCCCGUGGCUUUCCCGAAUCGCCCGUCUUUGCACCGCUGAGAAAACCAACGCCAACCGGCACACCUCGGCUGGCCUUUAUAAAAUGGGAAUCCGCAAGCGCAUCUUCGUCGUCGAGUCGAACUCCGUCGAUCCAAAGAACUCCCAUAUCUCCCUCCAACACAGCUAGGAAGAGCAGCAGUGGGGCAAUCUUGGAGUGUGACAACUGUGCGUUGUUCUACUUUGAGGAUUCUUCUGAUAUGUGCCUCUUCCACCCUGGACGUUUGAAACCAGUAGAGGAUGGGAACGGUUCCCAGACCUGGGUAUAUACAUGCUGUAAGGGAGGAUCCUCGGCUGCUCCCUGCAAGGAGGGGAAGCAUGUCUCUAAGGCAAACGACGAUGAUGUGGAUUCUUUGAAGCGAGCUCGGCGGCCAAGUGGAGCGUCACCAAUGAGACAUGGGAAGAGCCCGAGACUACUUUGAUCCAGGGCGACAACGGUUUGUAGGACCCAGACUGCCCUUCCCGUGCAUGCGUGUCCAGUGAACGCAAGGUAUCCGUUACGUUACAGGGAAAUCUCGAGGAUAUCACCAAACUGGCCAAGACUCCAACCGGAAGCUUGGGCGAGUUACGGCACUGAGACCCGCCUAGACUCAGUUUGCAUCGCCAUUCUACAAAUGGCUUUUGCAUACCAGUGACAUUUCGUGGCACCCGAAAUUUUGCUUUUGGAAAGAGAACAUCCUGCUUUUUAUGGAGCGCGGCGCUAUUUGGUUAAAUG